GACAGUGUUGGGUGGUAUAGGGGACCUGGGCUUGAGAUUAGCAGCCUGUCAUGCUGCUAAUGAAACUCAACUACAUACUGCCUCACUAUUAUCAUACUGUGUCUCUGGUUCUGUAGACAGGGCAGAGAAACUUUACGCCUACACACACACACACACACACACACACAAAACACAUGUUGGAAACGGAUUAAAAGUAGGAAAUGUCGGUGGAGAGUUGGGAGAUGAGAAAAGAAGGCGCCUGGAUGGGCGUGUGUAUUAACUUAGUUCCUCAAAAUGUUCUAACUUACCGGCUUCAGACUUUUUACUGGAACUGGAAACAGAAGAAAAUCACCAGGGCACUCGCCACCACUUUUGUCAAUGAGAAAACCAUUGAACUUGAAGAGCACAAUGACCCUCACAAAGAGACGAGACGUCUGAAGGAGCAAGCCAGAAGGAAAUUAUUGCUGACGAAGCAGCAAAGACUGGAGAGAAGGAUCAUUCUUUGCACCUUGAAAAGGCAUCAAGAGAGCUAUGAGACUGUGGGUCAACUGGAUGGAUCACAGGGCAAGCACCGUGGCUCAACAGAGAAGGUCAACCAAACAGAUGAGGUGGGAGCUGAUCAAAUAGCAAGUGAAUUGAGAUGGAUUCCCUUAAAUCAGAGUCUGAAGAAGCCUGCCAACACGUGUGAGAGAAACAGCGAGGAAGUAAUGCACUGCGAGCUGGGAGAGGAGAGCGAAUGUAUUGUAAGCAGCAGAAGUCUCACACAGAAUAUUCCUGAGGAAGACUGGGAGAGUGACUGGAAUGAGGAUGAAGACCAUACGUGGAGCCAGGGUGGGGACAACAACUCAACUGAAAUUAUUUCAGUCAUGAGUUGGAAAGCGCAAACGGCAAAGGUCGACGCUCAGGACAACAAGGAUCUAAAAGGCACUCAGAAUAUGAAGGGAAAUCCUGCCAAUGUGGAGCGUAAAAGGAGAGGCAGUAAAGACAAGGCAAAUGAAGAGGUGGGAAGAAUAAAAGACCACAGUCCACUUGUUGCUUGUGAGAAAAGUGACACAUUAGGUGAGGUGAAAAUAGAAAUGUCUCCAGAAGAGUGCCUGGAAAUACACCUGAAAACAUGGAGUGGGCACAAGAAACUGAAAAAGCUCACCCAGUCAGUCGCCAUAACCUACGGAAUGGAAAUAGCCAUUGAAACAAGGUGCUUCGUUGAAGACAAGGAUCAGAAACUGCAGAGACUUAAAGAAAACAGAAGGAUUCUAUUGGAUAAGCUACAGCAGAAGAAGCAAGUACUCAGCGAGCGAGAGGGAAAACCCUGGUAUACACGGCUGUAUCUUGUGUUAAGGGUGUCUGUGCGCAAUGAAAAUGGUUGUCCAUAAACU